CAGCUCAUCCUAUUCUUCCCCUGCAGGACUUUUUAUUUCACUCUUUUGGCAACAAGUUACACUAAUUAUCCAUUUGCAAACUGAAACCUUCAGGGACAUUUCCAGGUUUACAAGUCUGGGAGGGAUCUGGGACUUUCCUGAGUCUGAUGCUGUAAAAAACUUCCCAGAGUUGAAUUUGCACAGCAGCAGAGAGUUGUGCAGCUGAGCUGGGUGUUUGCAGUGAGCUGCUCUGGAUGAUGUUAGCAGUGGGGCAGAUGGAUACUAACAGGCAGAGUGCUUUUGUUCUCAGCAGCACCCCACUAGCUGCCCUGCACAACAUGGCUGAGAUGAAGACCACCUUGUUCCCUUAUGCUCUGCAGAACCCUAACAGCUUUAAAGCCCACAGUCUGUCCUCACUAAACACACAGAUCCCCCUGGGGACCCCUCAUGGAAUUAGUGACAUACUGAGCAGACCACUGGGUGCAGCACUGGGGGCAUCUGGCAACCUGCUCUCCAGCCUUCCUCGUAUCAAUGGACUGGCCACCUCCACUGGCAUGUACUUCAACCCAGCUGCUGUAUCCAGAUACCCCAAGCCUCUGGCAGACCUGCCCGGCAGAGCCCCCAUCUUCUGGCCUGGAGUCAUGCAGAGCUCUCCUUGGAGGGACCCCAGGCUUUCCUGCCCUACACAAGGAAUGUUAUUGGAUAAAGAUGGGAAGAAAAAACAUUCAAGACCAACAUUUUCAGGGCAACAGAUCUUUGCGCUGGAAAAAACCUUUGAACAGACCAAAUACUUGGCAGGGCCAGAGAGGGCCCGUCUGGCUUACUCACUGGGAAUGACAGAGAGUCAGGUCAAGGUCUGGUUCCAGAACAGAAGAACAAAGUGGAGAAAAAGACAUGCUGCAGAAAUGGCAACAGCUAAAAAGAAACACGAUUCAGAGACAGAAAAGAUGAAAGAGAGCUCAGAAAAUGAAGAGGACGAUGAAUAUAACAAACCUCUUGAUCCAAAUUCAGACGAUGAAAAAAUUUCCAGGUUACUGAAAAAGCACAAGUCUGCAAACCUGAACCUUCUCAGCCCCUGCAGUAAUAACUCAGAUACCUUGUGAUAAUUUACUGAAAGAGAAACUUUAUCAGUUCCAGGAACUGCCCCCCUUGCCCCAUAAAGCGCUUUAAAAGCAGAAUUAACCAGGGUAUACAAAUUAUAAAGAAGAAUUUGUCAGUGGAUGUCUAUGGUGAUAUGUGUUGUACAGAUACAUUGUAUGUGAGAUGUAUAUAUUUUUUACAGAAUAAGUUAUGAAACUACCUUCCUGAUCUUGGAUGUUAUGGACUGAAAAAAAAUAAUAAUAAUCCUAAUUUCCUUGCUGAUCCUCCAUCCUGUACUGAGUUAUUGCCAGUUUUACUGCACCUGAGAUGCACAUUUUAUUACUCUUUGUACAGACUGCAUUUCUGUAACUUUGUAUAUAUCAGAUUGCAUUUUUUGUGAUGUGCUUUUUACCCAAUGCAAAGUGAUAGCUCUUGUAUUUUUUUCCAAUUUCUUUAUCCCUCUGAGAAUUUUAUUCUCAGCUCAGCCAAAAAAAACUAAACUAAAUACUAAGCGACCAAUUUGGACUGAAAUGUUGUCUCUGCAGUUACUGAACAGACUUUGUAUAUUCAAUAAAUUAUUUAAAAGAGACUCCUUA